UGGGUGUACCCGGCUCUUACUGUUGUCAGCUGGAGAUAUUUAUGAGGAAUCAAAGAUGAACUUGGAGCAGGAGAGGCCUUUUGUCUGCAGUGCCCCAGGCUGCUCACAGCGUUUUCCAACAGAGGAUCAUCUGAUGAUUCACAGGCACAAACAUGAAAUGACUUUGAAGUUUCCUUCAAUAAAAACAGAUAAUAUGUUAUCAGAUCAGACCCCGACACCAACACGCUUCCUGAAGAACUGUGAGGAAGUUGGCCUCUUCAACGACAUCGACUGCUCCCUAGAGCACGAGUUUAGGAAGGCACAAGAAGAAGAGAACAACAAAAGGAAUAUCUCCAUGCAUAACACAGUUGGAGGAGCAAUGGCAGGACCUGGAUCUCACCAGCUGACAAACACAAGGAUGCCAAACCACGACACCAGCGUUGUGAUUCAACAGGCCAUGCCAUCUCCACAGUCCAGUUCUGUCAUUACACAAGCACCUUCCACAAAUCGGCAGAUUGGGCCUGUCCCAGGUUCUCUGUCUUCACUACUGCACCUACACAACCGACAAAGACAGCCUAUGCCUGCCUCUAUGCCCGGCACCCUGCCCAACCCUACCAUGCCAGGAUCUUCUGCUGUACUCAUGCCUAUGGAGCGACAAAUGUCAAUGAACUCCAACAUCAUGGGGAUGCAAGGGCCGAACCUCAAUAAUCCAUGUGCUUCACCUCAAGUUCCCCCAAUGCAUUCAGAAGCCAAAAUGAGAUUGAAGGCAGCACUGAGUCAUCAUCCUGCCGCCAUGUCAAAUGGGAAUAUGAACACCAUGGGCCACAUGAUGGAAAUGAUGAGCUCGCGACAGGACCAGACACCACACCAUCAUAUGCACUCACAUCCUCAUCAGCACCAGACGCUGCCACCUCAUCACUCAUACCCACAUCAGCACCAGCAUCCGGCACACCAUCCUCAUCCUCAGCCUCAUCACCAGCAAAACCAUCCCCACCACCACUCCCACUCGCACCUUCACACACACCCAGCACACCACCAGACCUCACCGCACCCCCCGCUGCACUCGGGUGGACAAGCACAGGUUUCGCCGGCGGCGCAGCAGAUGCAGCCCACGCAGACGGUACAGCCGCCACAGCCGACUGGAGGUCGCCGGAGGAGAGUGGUGGACGAAGACCCAGAUGAGAGGAGGCGGAAAUUUCUGGAAAGGAACCGAGCCGCUGCCACGCGCUGCAGACAGAAGAGGAAGGUCUGGGUGAUGUCACUGGAAAAGAAAGCAGAAGAGCUCACCCAGACAAACAUGCAGCUUCAGAACGAGGUUUCCAUGCUGAAAAAUGAGGUAGCACAGCUGAAACAGUUAUUGUUAACACAUAAAGACUGUCCGAUAACAGCUAUGCAGAAAGAAUCACAAGGAUAUCUAAGUCCUGAGAGCAGCCCUCCUGCAAGCCCGGUCCCAGCUUGCUCCCAGCAGCAAGUCAUCCAGCACAACACCAUAACGACCUCCUCCUCCGUCAGUGACGUUGUGGGAAGCUCCACUCUCACCCAGCUCGCCAGCCACAGAACAGACAUCAACCCCAUCCUUUAAAAGUGGUUGAUCAGAAACUGCUGGGGGAGUGUGGUACCGUAUCAAAGCGUCCUCUCUGCUAAGGACAUGUGCAACUGUAACUCAAGCCUGGAAGAUUCCUCAGUUCUUGAAAGACUCUGGCUCUUCAUUUUUAUAGUUAUUAAAAUGUCUUUUAUACUUAGUUACAUAAAAGGGAGUUAGGCAAUUAAUAUGCUAUCAGCUUGAGAAAUGCUUUGGUGCUUUCUCCAUUUUUUUGGUACCAGUUACUUGUUUAUAAACCUAACUGUUUCUGUACAUAAGUCAUGUUUCCUUCUCACCAGUCUAGCCUGCAGCCUCAGAAAUACAAAGUUGUGUUAAACUGCAGCUUGUUAGCCAAUGUGAGGCAUGAAAAGUAUUAAACAGAGUCAAACAUAGGUAACUAGGAGUAAUUAGGCUAUAAAUAUAGACCGAGGGCAUCUGCUGACAGCAUAAUAAAAAAGAGUUAGCAUUGUGCUAUCAGCAGACCGUGUCCCGCAUUCAGAGCCUCUUUCAGAGCAGUUAUAUAGGAUGUGGCUUCAGGACAAAAUCAAGCCCAAAUAGCGUGCUCUUUUGUCCAGCCCUCCCCCUUCUCCUUUCUCCCCUACCCUGGCCUUUUUCUCCUCCAGUUAUUCUCACACCUUCCUUUUCCCUUCCCUUUUCAUUUCCCAGCCUUUUUUUUUUUUUUUUUUUUUUUUUUUUUUUUUUUUUUUUUUUUUUUUCAUUCCAAGGCUUUCUCACUUCCCUCUUUUUCUCAAACAAUGGUAAUGAGCAAGCAAAAACUUCAAGCCCACCUAAAAACUGUCGGCACGGCUGCUGCUUUCACUAGCUCUUCACCCGCAGUUGGGCUGCGCCAAGCAUUUGGCUUUUUAAAAAUACAAAUGCUCCUGAUUUAGUGUUUUUAAUAAAUAGGGGAAGGCCAAAACAGCACAGCCACAGGUGAAGCAGGACGGUGAGCCAGCUGUGUUGAUGCUAGCAACCCUGUAAGCUUCUGUGGUGCAGUAGAGGCAUAGCAAGCAACACCUGAGAGUCACGGCAAUUUUUUGCACUGCCAGUCAUUAAUGUAGGAAAAUCCAUGUGUAUAUAAUAAUUCAGAAAACUUCUGUUCCCUAACCUGGUCGCGUUGUUCUAGCAACGAAAGCUAACAGCCUCAGGCUUCAUGGGCUAUAAAUGAGAAAUAAAUCAGUGUAAUGGUUCUGACCAGUUGGAAAAAUGCCAUUUUUAAUUCACAGGGAAAGACCUGCUCUCUGCAGGCAUUCCUUUAAACGUUCACAGACUGAUCCCAAGCUGGCAGACAGCAGUGUAGCUUCACUGACUUUAAUGGCACUUAACACCCGCUUACCACGGGUGAGGAAUUGUUCUUUAGGACGCUAAAUAAUUUUUAGAAGGCAAGCAGCGGCUAAAAAAUGCUGCAAGAAUGCCAAGUCCCACACUUGGGAUAAAAUACAGUCCUGCAGAGAGGGUCUGGAAAAGAGCCUUAUGCCACAAUUAAGGUUUUUGUUUGGACUCUGAGCCUGCCCCUCAGCACAACUGAUUUGCAUCCCCGAGUGGUCCCAGUGAUUGAUGGGAAAAUCAGACAGAGAUGAUGCCAGUUAAUUAUGCUGCCUUGCUGUAUGUUGGGAACUGAUUUUGCUCUCAAAUCUGUCAGUGGCAAAACCUCCUGCUGCUUGCCCAGGGAGUAGGCUCUGAGCUGGUGAAAAAUGUUCAAACAUUUUGAGCUGCAUCUUUAAUUGAAAAAUUCACAUUAUUCCCAGCAAAUCCUCUAGCCCCGAACACACUUUGUCCUGAAGCAAAGCUCUCUUCCUCAGCGACUUUUUCUUUGGUCUUUGGAGGAGUCAUGGGUUUUUAAAGGGUGGGUCUCCUCCAUGCGGGAGGAAGAGUGAAACAACUGAAGUGUGAGGAGGCACUGUAAGGAGCAGGGCCUGCCUGGAAGGGAAAGCAAAUUUCUGAGCAUCAUUCAUUGCUGAAUUAGUUCUUAUCUUGGUGACUAACUUUUUAUCAGUAUUCUUUUCUUUAACAGCUCACUUUCCAUUUAUGCAAAUACAUUCAAAAAAAGAAGACUUUUAAUGUACAGUGUAAAUCUUGACUUGAUGAUAUUGUCUAAGAACCAAAAAAAAAUUAUGAAAAAAUACAAAUGUAAAUGAUUUUCUAUUAUAUUUUAGACAAACAUAUACUUUUAAAGUGUUUUAAAUACUGAAUCUAUAAUUUUUUUUUAAUCUCCAGUUGUAAUAGCUAAAUGGUUUUGCUUCAUCAUGGCUCCCAAGAGAACUUUUUUCAAAUAUGCAGUCGAGAAAAAUGUUCCAGCUGAGUAUCCACUAUGUAAAAAACCCAAAUAAGCAUUUCCCCUGCAUCUGAAUUUCAUCAUUCACCAUCAAAAAGGAAAUGCCAUUGCAGGGUUAUUUAAAAUAAAUUUCCCUCUAUAUGGGUAGCACUUAAAUGCAUUAAAAAAUAAAAAUCAAAGUUGUUGGUAAUAUCAGAAUACCCAGUUGAGCUACACUGCACUAGGAUUACAGUUUAGCUUCAUUUUAUUCAGUCUCCUCAAUUAAAAUAUUUAGCUGUUAAAAUGAAAGCCUCUACAUUAAAAAAAAAAAAAAGGAAAAAAAUACAAAAACCUUGUCUAAGUUUUGUUAAAUUCAGCAACCUGACAGUUUGACUGAUGUGUAUUAUAUAUAGCUCAAUUAUUUCUUUUUUUAAUGCUAACUAGGCAAGCCAACCACACAUGUUGGCCUAAAUGUGUAAUUACAAUGAAAUGUCUCCUCUCUAUACUAUUGGCCUUUAGGUAUAAUCCUUGCUAGUGAUGUGGAAAUAAGUAAAGGAUGAAAAGCUAUUUGCUAUUGCUUCUUGUAACUCUGUCGCAGGUUCACAGGCCAAGACAACAUGCAGCAUAUUUAUAUCGGCUGUAACAUCGGGAAAAGGACCAACAGUACCAGGCACCUUAUAUUAUUCAUCAGAUUUGCUUCCACAUUAAAAUGCUCUUGUUUUCCAGGGGAGUGAUCCUGCAGCCUUUCCUCAAGCUGCUGGUCCAACUGGGCACUGGAGGCUGCCUGAUCAGGGGCUGCGGGAGAAGCCCCAGCCCUCUGUCUCCGGGAUAUUCCUCUGCCAUGUGGUCAGUGGCAGCAGCCUCUUCCUAAGCACGUCACUCUCUAAAUGCACUUCCUGGUCUCUUUCCAUCAAGGAGGAAUCCUGCUUUUCCACGAGCUACUUCUGGAGACUGCUCCAUUUUCCUCUUGCCCUGCCAAUCCAGCCUGUUGCCAGGCUCACCAGGCUCUGUGCCCUAUCCCACUGCCAGCGAAGGACAACUCAGACCACUUCCAUCAUCCACUCUGCAGGGCACUCGCCGGAUGGUGAGCCUUGGCCAGUGCCUUGUUCAGGAGGAGGUGUUACCGUACCAUAGACAGCAUCUCGUGGGUGUGAUGUUGGAAGCAGGUUGGAAAUCUCCGCCAUGGAGAACUGCAAUACUUUGAUCAGAAAGAAAUGAUGCUGCGAUCCAGCUCUGGCACCCCUGCCCCCCUUCCCCAAGUCAAUUUAUGCAAGCCAUAUUCAUAACGCUGCCUGUGGGAGACAAGUAGUUUGUGUGCUAUCAUGGUGUGUUUUAUAAGGACAACGACCAUGAUAAUGAUGGUGAUUUAUGGAGAAUUUCAUGUUGUUGGGAGUUAAUUCCUGCUAUGAAGCUAAAUGUCUGCUGCACAUAUUCUGAAUAGUGGAAAGUCAAUGGUUCAGUGCCUCAGUGCGUGUGGAUUUAGUGUUAAUGAACUCAGUCCUGUUAACUAACAAGCCAGCUAUAACUGUUGUUAAAUGCCCAACUUUUGAGGAUUCAUAUUUUUUUAAGCAACAAUAUUUAGUGUUGAAAACUAGCCUUUUAGUUUAGGCAAAAUGUGCUUUUUCGCAGCUAAUACCUUUUUUAAAAAAAAAGCGUAUAGAGUGAAUUUAUGAAAAUUCAUGAGGACCAAAGCAAUUUUAAAACAGGAAUCUAUUAAUUU